UCCAGGUUUAUUUCUUCUUUUCCUCUAAAGCAAAAUGUCUCGCCUUCAUCUCUUGCAAAAGGUUGCUAACGUUGUCGUCUACUUGUUCUUCUUGGGAGCUACUGUCUACUCUGUAGUUGGUCCUAAGCCUGACCCUAAGGUCAUUUUGGAACACGAGACAUACAUCACUCCCGCUUCCUGGGUGUUCUACGUGUGGUCUGUCAUCCAUUUGCUUUUGGGUGGUUUCGUUGUCUACCAAUGGUUUGAGCCUGCUCAUGAAGUCGCUGUCCAUGGCGUUGGCUGGCACUUUGUUAUUUCCAGUGUUUUGAACGCUGUUUGGCUCUCUUUGUGGCAAAAGGGUCACUUGGUCUUGGCGCUUAUUGCUAUCCUCUUCACAGCUUCUUCCGUUUCCUUCGUAUUUUACAACUUGGAGAAGAACUAUGCUGCCAACAACUGGUGGGACCGCAUCUUUGUUCAUGCUCCUUUCUCCUUGUGGCACGGUUUCGUUGUGUUCGUCGCUGUCUUGAACACCUUCGCUGCCUUCACCUCCACUCAAGAGGAUGGCCCUGAUACCCUUCACAUCACCUUGGUCAUCUUCGGCCUCGUGUUCUUGGCCAGUACCGCUAUUGGUUAUGUUGAAUACAAGGGAGCUAAAGGUGAUGUUACAGGUGCUCUUGUCAUUGCCAUCGGACUUUUCGGUGUCUUCGCUCAGCAACACAAUGCUAUCAUCCACUGGUCUGCUCUUGCUGCUGCCAUCGUCACUGUUCUCUACCCCGCUCGCCCCUACAUCUUCAAGUUGUUGGGCCGCACUUCCGAGUCCGGAGAGAACGCUCCUCUCCUCGGUUAAAGCUUGCCGUCAUUUCGUAUAGUUAGCUUUUUUUUCAAUUAUCUAUCAACCCUCAAGAAACACUAGGUUUCUAGCUUAACUUUGUACCCGUGUUUCGCUCAAAGAGCUUUCACUGAUCGUAAUAUUGGAUGUGGUUUAAAAACACGCACGUUUUUGGAAAAUGAGUCAGUGUGUGACUGUUGAAAAAAUUGUAAUACGAUUUUCCAUUUGGAA